AUGGCUCUUGCGAACUUCGACAUUGAAUUAGUUAAAUUUCAAAGAACUAUAACUCUAGCUAAAUCAAAUUUUAUUCCUGAAUAUGGAUCCGAGAUUUUCGUAACAAAUCUGCCCUCAUAUGUAUCAGAUGAGGAAUUGGUAACGUUUUUUCAAACAGCCGGAAACGUAUUCAAAAUUAAAUUGAUGUUGCAAGAUCAAAACAAAAAUAGAGGUUAUUGUUAUGUAACCUAUAUGGAUCCCGAUAUGGCUAGAUUAGCUGUCGACAUACUAAAUCGUAUACCGUUCAAAGGUAUUUAUUUGAAGAUCAAAAAACCGUUGGAAAACUGUAGAAUUUUUUUGGGAGGAAUACCUACCGAUAAAACAAAGGACUCCGUUUGGCAAGAACUACUCAAAAUAGGAGCUAAGAACAUUGUUGAUGUUAUUAUGUACAGAGCUUAUGAUGAUAGAGCUAAAAACAGGGGAUUCGUAUUUGUCCAAUUUACGACUCAUGAAGAAGCUGCAUAUUUUAGAGCUAAAUAUUAUGAUGUACUGCAGUUAUGGGGUAGAAAAGUCGUUAUCGAUUGGUCUGUACCACUUCCAGAGGUCACAGACGAUAUUUUAGAUAAGGAUUUGAUAGAGUAUAUAAGUGCUACUUUAGAUUUUCUAAAAGCAUUUGACAUCGAUGUUUACCGCGCGGUUUUGCUGGAUGCUUGA